UUGAUUAAGAACCCAAAUUUUGAAUCUCUCUCUCUGAGGAAGCAAACAAAAAGUAUUUGAGGCACUACGCCAUUGAAAUUUUAUUUUCAAAGAUAUUUUUGUAAAGCUGGUCCAAAUAUGUGUAUCCCUAAAAUUUCCUCAUUUCCUUAUUUUACCAUAUGAUUAAUGAUUAAGAUCUAUUUAGACUCCAAGCAGUAAUUAGAAAAAAUAACUGAAAGAGGAAAAAGAAAAAAAUGGUGGCAACCACCAUCACUACCAGCAAAAAUGAUAAUGAAGUUUCACCAGAAACUUUGAAGUCAGAGUAUGAUCGAGCAAGCGAAGUAAAAGCUUUCGACGAGACAAAGGCCGGUGUUAAAGGACUUGUUGAUGCCGGUGUUACACAGAUCCCUCGUAUUUUCCAUCGUCUACCCAAUGAACAAUUCCAUGAGAGCUCUGUUCCCGAAGGAGAUCCCCGGUUUAGCAUCCCAGUCAUAGAUUUGAUAGGUGUUUCUGAUGAUUCAGUACGGCGAAAGGAGAUCGUCGAAAGAGUACGAGAAGCAUCGGAGACAUGGGGAUUCUUUCAGAUCGUGAACCAUGGAAUACCAUUGAGUGUUAUGAAGGAGAUGAAAGAAGGGGUGCGUAGGUUUUUUGAACAAGACACUAAGGUGAAGAAACAGUUUUAUACGAGAGAUGCAAAGAAAUCAAUGGCUUAUAAUAGCAACUUUGAUCUGUAUAGAGCUCCUUCAACAAAUUGGAGGGAUAGUUUUUCAUGUAGAUUGGCUCCUGAUGCUCCUAAUCCACAAGAUUUGCCUGAGGUUUGCAGAGACAUACUGCUGGAGUACUCCAAGCAAGUGAUGAAACUGGGAGUUUUACUGUUCGAGUUGUUAUCGGAGGCACUGGGGUUGAACCCGAACCAUUUGAAUGAGAUGGAUUGUACAGAGGGGCUUGUAACUGUAGGCCAUUACUAUCCUGGUUGUCCACAGCCAGAAUUGACAAUGGGGACAAGCCAGCAUACUGAUGGUGGCUUCCUCACAGUGGUGCAACAGGAUCAUAUUGGUGGCCUCCAAGUUCUAUAUAAUAACCGUUGGAUUGACAUACGUUAUGAGCCUGGCGCUCUUGUUGUUAACAUUGGAGAUCUUCUCCAGCUAAUAACAAAUGACAGAUUCAAAAGUGGCGAGCACAGAGUAUUGGCAAACCGUAUAGGUCCAAGAAUAUCCAUUGCAAAUUUUUUUUUAACCUCAUUCUUGCCAACAAAGAAGCUCUAUGGACCUAUUAAGGAGUUGUUAUCAGAAGACAAUCCUCCAAAGUACAAGGAAACAACAGUGAGAGACUAUAUUGCAUUUUUCAAUGAUAAAGGCCUUGAUGGAACUUCUGCUUUGCCUCAUUUCAAGAUUUGAAUUAUCUAGCCCAUCAAAGACAUCAAGAACGGUAGGUCCAAUUAGUGGUUUCCAAAGUCAAAUAAUUUUGCAAAUGUUAGGUUGUUUGUACGUGUCUUGCAAGGACAAUGGUAAAUCUAUGUUUUUUUGGACCUUGAUCCUGAAUAUUCAAA